AAGAAAAACCAAACAUUUUAUUACCAUUGUCACAAACAGAAAUUAAUCUAUUUCCGGUUAAGUGUUAUCAAGGAUGUUACUGUCCAUUUUGCAACACUAGAUCGGAAGCUGUUAGCUGGUGAAAAUCAUGAUGGAUGCUGAAAAUAAAGGAUACGAUCAAGGACCACCGCCAGGAUAUAACCAGGGACAACCGGCCGGUGGAUAUCAAGGACAACCGACCGGUGGAUAUCAAGGACAACCUGGUUACGGCCAACCACCGGCCACAGUGGUCGUCACCACUCAGCCGGUUGCUGGUGUCGUCACGGUUGGUACACGGCCACCAGACUACCUGAUACCGUCCAUUCUUGCAUGUUUAUGUUGUUUCUGGCCCACUGGAAUCUUUGCCAUCUAUUACGCUUUGAGGACUAAUACACUUGUCGGAGAAGGUAACCAGACAGGUGCGUUUGCGGCGGCUAAAACCGCUAAAACUCUCACAAUCGUCAGCGUCAUUGUUGGCCUUGUUUGGAUCCUUAUUUGCAUCAUUGUGACAGCGACAUCGGGUGGUUCCAGAACGUCAUACUAAUGGCAAUCUGCGAGAUGAAAUUCGAAAUCGACAAUUGAAGUAUUGAUUCCGAAAAGUCCAAAUAAAAUUAAAUAGAUAUAUUGAGAAACAAACAUUGUAAGGAAAGUGAAUACAUCUAGGACUUGUUAAUACCUAUUGUAAUUUGUACACAAAUUAGUCCCUAUAAUAUAUAACGGAUUUCGUUCCAACAAUGACUUGUGCCGAAGCGAAAAGGGAUGUUCAACAUUAAAUACAUUUGAAUAUAAACUUGUCAUGAUCUUCUCAAUAUUUAAAUUAACUAAUGUAUUUAUUUUGUUUAUUUUUUUUAAUAAAUAAAUUCAUGUAAACGUUAA